AUGUCUAUACUGCGGUCUCUCCAGGGAACCAGAGUCAGGUCCCUACAUCGCGGGUUCUCUACAUUAUCUGACCUCCAUUCUGGCAACCGUACUCUGUUGAAAGGUACACCGGUUGAUAUUCACCCAGAGGUGGAGGAAGCUCUUGCGCAUAACAAACCAGUUGUUGCACUUGAGACUGCACUUGUCACCCAUGGAUUCCCGUACCCGUCAAGCCUCAAACUUCCGUUGGACCUUGAACAGAUUGUGCGGUCUACCGGCUCUAUUCCUGCUACAAUUGGUAUUAUUGGAGGACGUGUCAAAAUCGGGAUGACUAGAGAAGAGUUGGACCGAUUGGCAUCGAGGGUUAACAAGCCCGCCAAAAUAUCUCGUCGUGACAUUGCAGCAGCUAUUGCCUUGAAAGCCGACGGUGGUACAACCUGUAGCGGCACUCUUGUAUUUACCGCUUUGGCUGGGAUUAAGGUUUUUGCGACCGGCGGGCUUGGUGGUGUCCACCGUGGCGGCGAGAAGUCAUUGGACAUCUCUGCUGACCUACCGGAACUCACAAGGUGUCCUGUAGGACUGGUUUCGUCUGGUGUAAAGUCAAUCUUGGAUAUCCCAAGGACACUCGAAUACCUUGAAACUCUUGGAGUUCCGGUCAUCACCUACAACCAAUCAAAAGAGUUUCCGGCAUUCUUCUCCCGACAUAGCGGUCAAAAUGUUCCAUGGAAUAUGGACAAUCCUUCGGUGGUAGCCGAAAUGUUAUUUGCGCAACAUCAGCUAGGAAUGCAAAAUGGUGCAUUAAUCGCCGUACCGAUUCCAGAAGAAUACGAGGAGAUAGGGAAGGAGAUCCAAGAAUACGUAAACCAAGCCGUGCUGGAAUCGGAACGGAAUGGAAUUAGUCAAAGUGGAAAAGAUGCCACCCCAUGGCUUCUGUCAAGAAUAGCUGAACUCAGCGCUGGAAAAUCUUUACCUUCAAACAUAGCUCUCUUGGAAAACACUGCCCUUGUCGGUGGUCAAAUUGCUGUUAAGUAUCAAGAACUAGUCAACCGGGCCGCCUAUACUUCAGGCAAUAAGAGCUCUUCUAUUUUCCAUCCCCAGAGUACUCCGUCGGCGUCGUCCUUUUCUGACCACUCUAACGGAGAAAACGCUCAUCAUGUGAAUUUAUACCCUCUGAGAACUCAAACACAAUUUGACCUCCCUAUAAACCAGCCGCCUGCAAAUGUCGUUGUCAUUGGUUCGGCUGCAGUGGAUAUCACCUCUCAGGAACAUCCCAACACAAACUCUGCUCUUGCCGUACAUUCGACCGCUCCUGGUCGUGUGAACCUGACAUUAGGAGGCGUUGGUCGCAACAUAGCUGAGGCGUCACAUCGCAUUAUGGAAGCCAGAUUUCCAAGUCUAUCAACAGUGCUAAUCAGUUCAGUUGGUCGUGAUGCAUUUGGACAUCUACUCGUGGAUAAAUUUAACGAAUUCGGAAUCCGCACGGAUGGCCUCAUAAGACUCGAUCAUGCAAGCGCCGUAUGCAACAUGGUUUUGGACAGUAAAGGGACAUUGGUAGGAGGAGUGGCAGACAUGACCAUUGUUAAGACCAUGACUAGCGACGUGAUACUUCCGCUUUUGAAGAAGCACACACCGACCAUUGUGGCAGUAGAUGGUAAUCUCUCUCCAGAAACUAUCACAUCCAUUGUGGAAUACUGUGAAAUACAUGCUAUCAAAGAAAAUUCUAGCGAACCUACUUCGGUUAUCAAAUCCACCGCUAUUCUUCCAGCCAUAAAAUCCUCUCAGCAAGUAAACAUCCCUGCAAAACCAGUUGCAUUCUGUACACCAAAUCUACUUGAGCUGGACCAUAUCUACGACGCUGCACAGUCUGACUUGCUAGAAGUCGACAAUUCCUCUUGGUGGUCUACAAUUACGAGCUUCAACCUUGGCUCGGCAUAUAGAAAUGAUCUCGAACAACUAGCGCGCAUGCCAGCAUCCGAUAAACCUGACUCGAACGCAACAUUGGCGUUUCUCAUCGAUGAAGGAAUAGCUCAGAAGGCCAUUCAUCUCCUCCCGUACUUCCAGCACCUCGUCAUCAAAUGUGGAGAUCAGGGUGUAUUGGUUGCGAUGUGCAUUGAUGCUAAAGAUGCAGCUACUUCAGGCUGGGCCAGGUUACGCAGUAAUCCAAAACAAAGAUAUGUAAUUGCUCACGGCAACUCGGACGAGAUCAUUUUACUCCAACACUUCCCAUCUCUACCUAUUGCUGCUUUGGAAAACGUGACGGGCGCUGGCGACUCAUUUGUCGGUGCACUCUUGGCCACUUUGGCAAGUGACACCAAUGCAUUAUAUCAUCCCAAGAGUCUUAAAGACGCCAUUUACGUGGCCCAAAAGGCCGCUGUGUUGACUCUGCAGAGUCAUUCGGCAGUCUCUCCUGCACUGUCCACGAUAGACAAUUGA